AUGAGAAGUGUAGGGGAAUCCGAAAAUUCAUAUGUAGGACACAGAACAGACACUAUCACUGAAACGUCAACGGUCUCUCCAGAGAGAGUAAACCGACUAGCCAAUCGAUUACCACCUGAACCGGUUGACAAUAAAGCAAACGAAAUGUGGCGUUUCCGUCCAUUUGCACCAGGAAAACAGGAUUGUAUGCGAGACGAAUGUAAUCUCUCAACGAUCUAUCAGCGCACUCAAACUUUCCGCUAUCAAGUUGUUCCAGCCUCAGAUUUCAACGAAAAUCUUAUCUUGACCAGUGUUCGGUUUGCUCGCCAUUCCGUCUGCAUGAUAAACGAGUAG